GUCCUCCCAAUUUGUCAUUCUUCUGAAAUAUUUUUGGCUAUUAUCUCGUCUAUAUUAAUAACCACAAUGAAUUAGCACAUUACAUUUGUUUAAUAUUGUUAGUGUUUCGAGUGGUAAUUAGCAAUCGUCCUUAGGAGUAUUUUUUAUUUCCAUCUAUUUUUAACGAAUUUAUGGUACCUUUUAGGGGGGAGGAUCCAGGAAAUGUCAAGGAGUUUGUAAUAUUUUCUCCACAGGUUUACAUUGAUUUGAUUCUGCCGGCGAAGAAGAAAAUGGAGGUAAUAUAAAGGUCGGUACGCAAUAGGAAUUUUGCCAAACAGCAGCAACUUCACAUGAUUCAGCUCUCCACUGCACAGACUGUAAAUACACAUGUUUGUUUUGUUUACGUUCUUUCAAGUGAUAAAAUGAAUAAUCCAGCCAAAUGUGCCUGAAUAAUUUCCCUCGAUCAAGUUAAAGUUAAUACCAACCAUAAUGGAGAAGUACAUAAGACUUUACCAAGUGGGCGAGGGAUCCUUUGGACAGGUUUUUAAAGGAAAAAAGUGUUCUGACGGUGAAAUUGUUGCGAUUAAAAUCAUCCGAAAGAUUGGACGUUCCUCCAAAGAACUUCACGGUCUUCGUCAAGAAUGCGAGAUUCAGAAGCAUCUCCAUCACCCCAACAUUGUUCAGAUGAUCGACUCCUUCGAGACAGAGAAAGAGCUUGUCGUUGUCACAGAAUACGCAGACAAAGAACUUUAUGAUAUUUUGGGACAGAGUGGAAGACUCUCGGAGGAGAGAACUCAAGUCAUUGCCUGUGAUCUGGUAUCAGCACUGUAUUAUCUUCACUCCAAUCGAGUUCUGCACAGAGACCUGAAGCCCCAGAAUGUUCUGGUGGAGUCCAAUGGUGUAGCCAAGCUUUGUGAUUUCGGUUUUGCUCGUAGCAUGAGUACAGGAACUCACGUAUUGACCUCAAUAAAAGGCACCCCCCUGUACAUGGCCCCCGAGCUAAUCGAGGAGCAUCCGUACGAUCACAAUGCAGACCUCUGGUCACUCGGUUGCAUAGUCUACGAGCUCCUAGUGGGUUUUCCCCCAUUUCAAACCACAUCGAUUCUGCACCUUGUCAAGCUCAUUCGUUUUGAGGCCGUCAAGUGGCCGGAAUUUUUGUCCCCCAACUGCAAGAAUUUUCUCCAAGGACUCCUGCAAAAAGACCCCUCGAAACGCUUGACCUGGCCUGAACUGCUGGAUCAUCCGUUCGUUAAGGGAAGAAUUCUUAUUCUAAAUGGAGACAUACCCAUAGCUGCGCCCUUCACAACUCCCCUAUCAGCGUCCCAAGCACUAGCUAAACAACAGCAACUUCAACAUCUAGCCAUGCAGUCUGCCAGCCACUCUGGAAUUCUCGAGAAAGCAGUGGAGAAGGUCCAGGCACAGGAGCGCAAACUACGAGAUCAAAGACACCGAACCUGUAUGUCUCAGCCAAGAUAUCCCAUGACAAUGCACGGAUAUUACCCUUACACCACUGGACAACCGUUCCAUCAUCCCCUGGGACGAAGUCAUCCCAGUGGAAGUGAAUCCAGUGCCAGUGUUGACGUUCUCCUUGGAAACUUGAGCCUCAGAGCUUCUCUGCAGAGCGAUCUUUUGGUUUUCGAUGCUGUUAAUCAGACCCUGUGUCCCUCUGAUUGUCCCACCAUUCGAUAUAACCAGAACGACGAGCUGAUUCAUCUCUCAGAAGUCAUGAAGGAGAACGUCAAUCAGAACAUUCAGGGUUAUCAUAAUGUGGAUGCUCCCAACAAGAUGAAAAAAUCAAAACAGGAGAAAAGUAGACUGAGUGCUGAUUACGAGCGGGAAUUCGGUGUUGAUGAUUCAUCAGAGAAGAUCGAAAGGAGCUCGAGACUUCCAGACUGGGAUGCCCGAGUUGUCGAUCAGCAUAUUGAGAACGAAGAGUGGGUGGCAUUCCUUCAGAGGUCCAUGGAGGAGGUUAUCGAUGGAGAGAUAACCUCACUUUUGCAGGAAAAUUGUGUCUCGGUUUUUGUCUCACCUCUGAGAAACUCUGGGGCUGGCUGCAAGGUUAUUGAGUUCGUAGCUUGUCUGUUGUCAUUGCCAUUUGUAGUGACUGUCUCCAAGGAGAACCUGAGGAAGAUCGAGGAGGUUUAUCUGGACGUGAGAGUCGUACCUAAUUUGGUGUAUGCUGUGAAGCUCUUCAUGUCUGAGAGGGGAAGUUCUGAGAAUCUUGGGGAUGCUGAUGAUGGACAGGAGUCCAAAGGAAAGACAACUCGGUCUGCCUCGUCACUGUCUGCUGAUGAACUCCAAACCAUCGAGUGCAUCAUGCUGAUUCUCUGUAGAUUAGUCUAUGUUAAUGAGAAAUUUUUAACUCAAUUCUGUGAUGCUGUUUAUAUUGUUAAUGGAGUGCCUUUGCUGCAACAGCUGUAUACCCUGGAGAAGAGGAAGCCCAGGGUUGUUGCUGAUCUUGUAGCUAUUCUGAAUAAUAUUCUGAGAUCACAACCGGAGAAUGCCGAGCUUGUGGAGAAGGUUGUGUUGGGGACUGAGGGAGCUGUUGAACAAUUUGUUAAGUUAUUGUCCCAUAGGCAGAUUGUGCUGAGGGUCAGGGGGUGUAUUUUGAUUAAAUUGUUGGCCAGGUUCUGCUGCAGAGCACUGCAACAGAUCUGGGGUAGGUCACUGAAGAAUGUGUUGGAGGGACUUGUUAUGGAUGAUCAUGAGGGCGUUAAGAAAAAUGCUGAAGAAGCCAUUGGGGAACUCAAACAACUCAAUUAUUAUGAACAGCAAAGUCCCUGUUAGUGGUAUUUCUAGUUUUCUACAAUUUGUAUUCAGAUUGAAAUAGAUAUUUUUCUACUGUU